UUGAUAGAAUUAAUUUUAGAAAGAGGCUCGUGGUUUGUGCUUACGCCUGAGCAGUUCGCCAAACAAGCUGUCAAUACUAUAGGGCUAUGUAAGAGAACCAGUGGAUGUUUUAACCAUGAGAUGCAGACUCUCAUACAGCAUAUGUUCCCAUGGGCGAUUCUCAAGUACUUGCUCGUUCCUAUCUCCUUAUAUCAACGUCGGCGAGUGGAAAGAAUUCUUGCCAAAGCUAAGCAGGCCAACUGA